AUGUCUGAAAUUAAUAUUGAUACUGCCACAUUAGAGCAAUUAAGAGACGUCUUGGUCAACAAGUCUGGAGAUGUUCCUCUUGCCAACAGAUUUAGAGCACUUUUCAAUUUGAAAAACAUUGGUGCUGAAUCUGAAAGCGCUGAAGAAGCUAACAAGGCCAUUGACUACAUUGCUGAAUCUUUCCAAGAUGAUUCUGAGCUUUUGAAGCAUGAAGUUGCUUAUGUUCUUGGUCAAAUUAACAAGUUGUACGCUGCUCCACAUCUUAGAAAAGUACUUGCCAGUGAUGCCCAACAAAUCAUGGUUAGACAUGAGGCUGCCGAAGCCUUGGGUGCUAUCGGUGACGAGGAAUCCUUGGACAUGUUGGAAUCCUACUUCAAGAAUGAUCCUCUGAUUGAAAUCAGACAAACUUGUGAAUUGGCCAUUGAAAGAAUUAAGUGGGAACAUUCUGAAAAGCCAAAGACUGAAAACCUUAAGGAAUCUAUGUACACUUCUAUUGACCCUGCUCCUCCAUUAGCUGAACAAAAUGCCAAGGUUGAAAAAAUGAAGGAUAUUUUGAAUGAUCAAGAAAAGCCAUUGUUUGAAAGAUAUAGAGCCAUGUUUAGAUUGAGAGAAUUGGGUACUGAUGAAGCAUGUCUUGCCUUGGCCAGUGGGUUCGAAGAUCCAUCUGCCUUGUUCAAGCAUGAAAUCGCAUACGUUUUCGGUCAAUUAUGUAACCCUGUGACUGUUCCAUCUUUAGUUAAGGUUUUAAAAGAUGAAUCCCAAGCUGCCAUGGUUAGACAUGAAGCUGCCGAAGCCUUAGGUUCCAUUGCCACUGAUGAAUGUUUGCCAGUAUUGAAGAGUUUCUUGAACGAUAAGGAUCAAGUGGUUAGAGAUUCCGCUGUUGUUGCUUUGGACAUGUAUGAAUAUGAAAACUCCAAUGAAAUGGAAUAUGCCACAAUCAAAUAA